CGGUGGCGGCGGCGGCGGCGGCGGCGGCGAACAAGGUUGUGGGGAUUCCUCGGUGCAGUAGUCAGGAGAUAUAACAAAUUUUCAACUUAAAAGAAAGAAAGAAAAAGCACCAAGAUGGGUGAAAAGAAACCAGAGCCUUUGGACUUUGUGAAAGAUUUCCAGGAAUACCUGACCCAGCAGACGCAUCAUGUGAACAUGAUUUCAGGAUCGGUCAGUGGGGACAAAGAAGCAGAGCCUCUUCAGGGAGCUGGAACAGAUGGUGAUCAGAAUGGACUCGAUCACCCAUCUGUUGAAGUUUCCCUGGAUGAAAACUCAGGAAUGUUAGUAGACGGGUUUGAAAGGACCUUUGAUGGGAAGCUCAAGUGUCGCUACUGCAACUAUGCCAGCAAAGGGACGGCUCGGCUCAUUGAGCACAUCAGGAUCCACACAGGUGAGAAACCUCACAGGUGUCAUUUAUGUCCAUUUGCAUCUGCUUAUGAGCGCCAUCUGGAAGCCCACAUGCGUUCACAUACUGGGGAAAAACCAUACAAAUGUGAAUUGUGUUCCUUCCGCUGCAGUGACCGAAGUAACCUGUCCCACCAUCGAAGGCGCAAACAUAAAAUGGUACCAAUUAAAGGUACCAGGUCUUCCUUAAGCAGUAAGAAAAUGUGGGGGGUUUUACAGAAGAAGACAAGCAAUCUGGGAUAUAGCAGAAGAGCACUCAUCAACUUAAGUCCACCUUCCAUGGUGGUCCAGAAACCAGACUACCUUAAUGAUUUUACCCACGAAAUCCCAAAUAUUCAGACUGACUCCUAUGAAACUUUGGCGAAAACUACACCAACUGGUGGCCUGCCAAGGGACCCCCAAGAACUCAUGGUUGACAACCCUUUGAAUCAGCUCUCUACUUUAGCAGGACAGUUGUCCAGCUUGCCACCGGAAAACCAAAACCCUGCCUCCCCUGAUGUAGUUCCCUGCCCCGAUGAAAAGCCUUUCAUGAUUCAGCAGCCCUCUGCCCAAGCAGUCGUCUCUGCUGUGUCGGCAAGUAUUCCUCAGAGCUCCUCCCCCACAAGCCCAGAGCCUCGGCCAUCGCACAGUCAGAGGAACUACAGUCCAGUGGCAGGGCCCAGCAGUGAACCAAGUGCCCACACCAGUACCCCCAGCAUAGGAAACAGCCAGCCAAGCACUCCAGCUCCAACCCUGCCGGUCCAGGAUCCUCAGCUUCUACACCACUGCCAGCACUGUGACAUGUACUUUGCAGACAAUAUCCUUUACACUAUUCACAUGGGAUGCCAUGGGUAUGAAAAUCCUUUUCAGUGUAAUAUAUGUGGAUGCAAAUGUAAAAACAAGUAUGAUUUUGCCUGUCAUUUUGCAAGAGGGCAACAUAACCAGCACUGAACACAAUCAACAUUGUUCUCACUUGGUUCGGCCUUUGGGGGUUUUGUAGUUUGGUCUUUAGUUUUGAUCAUCCCUAAUACAGUAUCUCUUAAUUUAAAAUUUAUAUAUUCUAUUCAUAAAAUAGUAAUUUGAUAGUGAAAAAGGGUUUCGUUAACUUUUCAUAAAAGUCUGGUCAGGGUUAUUUAUGCAUUAGUUAGUUAGAUGCAUUGAUAUCUUUUUCAUUUAGACAUGUAAGAGUUGAAGUACAGUUGGAAUCUUACCAGGUGUUCAGUUUCCUACACUUGUCCAUAGGACUCCCAGGGUUAUCUGUACUCAUGAUAAAUAUAUAUAUAUAUACUACAGCUAAAUAGUCUUUCUGCCAUAUUUCAAAAUGGCACAAUAAACUUCUCGUAAAACCUUUUACAACAUUUCAGUGUUUAUAGAGAAACUGCCUUUAGAUUUGCUCUUAAUUAAAAUGCUAUUUUCAUUCACUUAA